GUAUACGGUAAUUGAUUAAUUUUUCACAUUUGCACGGUCACGUCCAUCGUUCAUACGAAAAUGUCACCAUUUGCUCUUCUUUUCCUCUUCGCGUGAGAAAAAAUAUGAAUUUGUUGCUUUGCUUUGUAAAAAAGGCUGCUCGGGCAGUUUGGGAUUCAGAUCGACGCUGCAUGCAUCACUUAUAUUUGGGUCCAACCGAGAUCAUUCCAUCGGGUUAUUGAGCGGAGAGAAGUCUGCCUGUUGCCUCACCACAAAACUCUUGCUGACUUGCAGGUAUAAGGCAACAGUCAUAGCUGGCUGCUUUUAAAUCCGGAAAACUUGGAAUCAGAAAGCUUUGUCCUAUCGAAUAUCUACUCACCUGUCCAAACAACUGCCAUCAAGACUAUCACUAUUCUAUCAUGCGCCGUCCAGAUUCGCUCACCAGAUAUUGGGCUAAUGUAGCCCAAUCCCGCUGGAUGUCUCCCCAUGCUUUUCAGUAUUACUGUGCUCUUAGCGGAAUUCUCUCUUCUGCGCUAUUUCUCUUUGGUUUUGUUGCCGCGGAUUUUGUUUCCCCGAUCAAGCCUUACUGGUCUGCUGAGGAGGUAGCUCAUCACUAUCGAGCUCACACCAAUCGGAUUCGCAUUGGAGCAUCACUGAUUACUCUUUCCGGACUGUUCUACAUGCCUUUCUGCGCGGCGGUUUCCAGUCAGAUGCGCCGUGUGCCGAACCUCCACUAUGUCGUUCAGCAACUCCAGCUGAGUGCAGCUGCCGCUGGUCUCUGGACGUUUAUUCUACCCGGAAUUAUCUUGGCCACGACAUCCUACCGUCCUGAGCGCAAUCCUGACAUUACCUUGGCUCUGAAUGACUUCUUCUGGAUCUGCACUCUAAUGCCGUGGGAAACGUUCAUGGUGCAGAAUUUCUGCUUCUCGUAUGCAAUCAUCAUUGAUCAGCGCGAGAAGCCUUUGUUUCCCAAGGAGCUUGCUGUCUACAAUCUUAUUGUCCCCUUCUUCUGGUCGGGCUCAACUGGCAUCCACUUCAGCAAGUACGGCGCCGGCGCAUAUAACGGUGCCAUUGCCUUUUGGGUUCUUGGUAUCACUUUCUGCUUCCAGCUGGCCAUUGACGCAGUGUUCUUGAUGCGUGCAAUCCACUCUGAGCCGGAAGGAGGUGAGCAGAUUGUUGAUCUGUUCCCUAACCGAAUUCCCGGGGACCCUGAGGCUGCCGCCCGAGGCUCUAGGGCACCAGGCUACCUUGAUCAAACUUCGUCCAACGGGGCAUCGACGGCUAAAGACGAAUAAUCACCACUUUGGCACUAUCGAUUUUACGAGGUGGAGUUACUGCGAGAUAAUUUGAUAUGUGACUUGAUUUUAUUUUUAAUCUCGAUUCUAUGGAAGUGGUUUCCCCUACUUACUUUGGUACUCGGGCUGUUGAGUUUUAACUUGUUGUGAUGGUUGUGACGUCUUGCUGAAAAUAUAUCUUGUCCUACUCUUUGUACGCUGUGUAACAAUUGAUUUGCGGCGAAUAUGUAGACCUGCUUCCAGGUUUAGGCUAAAGCCCGAGGACCACUUACACCAGUCGAUAAUAAUAAUAUUGAAAAGGGUGGUCGAGUAAAAUCGAGCUGUGCCU